AGGGGCUGGGAAAGGAAAGUCUUCCCUUUCUGAUGUGCUUCCUCUGUCAGAUUCGGACGACCACGUGUGUCCUCCUAUUUCUAUUCACAAGUCUUGGAGUAUGCUCAGGAGGAUUUGGGAAUCCUGUCACAGAUGACGUGAGCAGGCUGAUGUUAUUGAAACACAAUAUUCCAAAGGAUUAUAACAUUUCUAUACAUUAUAUUCCCAAAGAGAGGAGUGGUGUGUGCUGGGUUCUACUGAAUAUCUAUCCACUGGAACAAAGCCUCAGGGAACUGGCCCGGGUGUUUGGUGCCAUUUCUUCCAACAAAGAUAAUAUUAUGAUCUUCAUCACCAUGCUGCAAAAUCUACGCUUCAAAUUUGAUCAUGAGGAGCUGGAGGCAACAAUGCAAGUCUUUAAAUGCCACUAUAGGGCGGUCAAAUGGCCGUCUGGGCAGUAUUUCGACUAUAUCAGAGACAUUUUGAAUUCUGCAGCUCAGGGAGAAGGAGGAUUCCGCUGUGUGCCUCCACCCUGCCCUGCCCCUACUACACCAGGAAGUGAAGCACAGGAUCAUGAACAGACUCGGUCAAGGGGGAGUCUGCUGUCCCUGCUUCCGAUCCCAGUCACAGCCUGCGUGUUCCUCAUUGUGUGGGCGAUUAAAUCUAGAAGAGGAGGCUCCCCAGAGAGUAACCUUGAGAGAGGCCAUAGAAGGCUGUCCACUGAUGUGGAACGGACCAUAACCAUCCCUAUUCCACCAGUCACCAGUCCAACUGACACACCAAUAAUGGGGGAAGCCUGAUCACCACUGAGGGAGCAGAAGAAGCCAACAUCAAGCACUGCAUAGAGAUCAGAAAGCUCCCCGUCUGGACUGGUGUCACUCUGAACAGGUGUCACUCUGGACUGGUGUCACUCUGGACUGGUAUCACUCUGGCCUGGUGUCACUCUGGCCUGGUGUCACUCUGGACUGGUGUCACUCUGGACUGGUAUCUCUGAUUCUUCUUGGGUGAUAUCCCUGAGAGAACAGAGCUGAAAUCUCUUAUUUGGUAUCUUUGACAUAUCGGAGCUGAUAUCUCUAUAAUAUAUGGGCUGAUAUAGGGUCUCACUUAAACAAGGGACAACGGCAAUAAGACAUUAAUCAACCGCUUACUAGAACUAAAUAAUUUGGACUGUCAUAUAUUUUGACACAACACCAUGUAUCGCAGGUUCCUACCUUGUCUAUGUCUGUCUAAUCAGAGAUUUUGACAUUACACAACAUCAGAGACAUUCUCUACUGAGACUGGACUUUGUUGUUGCCUAAAUAUCUAUUGCUGCUGUGUGGCCACAGAGUGUGUGCUGACACUUUUUUGUCUCACCCCUCUUUGAGUCACAUCAUCAGUGUGUGUGACCACAGUAUGACAGUUUAACUGCCCGCUGUGUGUGUGUGUGUGUGUGUGUGUGUGUGUGUGUGUGUGAGUAAGCUACCCUGCUCUGGAUGAUCUCAGUGAGGGCCAUAAGAGGGGCUUGUUCUCGUCACAAAAGAAAAAAGCCGUAGGCUGAAGGAAAUACCAGUUCCAUGCUAACCGACAGAGACAGAUCCUUAUGAAUCAAAAAACGUUUGAUCCUCAAUCCCCAGACAGCAGGAAACCAUGUUUCUCUGCCAUCUCCUCUCAUGUUGCACUAUCACACGCAUUAUGAAGCCUUACCACUGGGCACAGACGUCAAUUCAACGUCUUUUCCAAGUUGGUUCAACUUAAUUUUAUUGAAACGAUGUGGAAACAACGUUGAUUCUAUCAGUGUGUGCCCAGUGGGAUAGGACUGACUGAUUUCAAGCAUAAGUUAUGGCUGCUUUUUAACUCCCCUCUAGUGGUCAGAUACAAUAACUAUACUUGGUUCCCUCAGCACCUACAGUAGGUCCCAGCUGUAGCAAGACAGUCACUGUGCAGUCUGACUGAGGGAUCUUUUUGUACAGAUCUGUAUCACUGUGGAACACCUAGACACUUUAUGUAGAUAGUGUAGUGUAGUGUAGUGUAGUGUAGU